AUGGAUGGACACCCAUCCAUUACGUCCAACGCGCAGCAGCUGCGUGUUGUGAAGCAGCUAUUGUGGGAGGUCAUUUCUCUUCACCUCUACCCGGCGGAACGCGAUGAGAUCCGUCGCGCACUGGGCACCGCCCUUCUGGACGACAACGAGACGCUGUUCGCGGAGGCGGGCGCCCUGGCGGACAUCCUCGGGGACGUGACACUUAACACAUCGGCACUGCUGGCAAGACACCAGCUGUGCAGCAACCCGCAACGAAGCAUGGUGGAAACUGAGAUUCGUCUGUUGAUUGAGCGGCUCCACGCCUCCGCUGCCGUCAGCCCGUUCGGCAGCUCUGCGGUGAAGGACAGGGACCCGGACUCGCUGCUGCCCCGUCACGGGAAGAGGGAUCGGGCGGUUCUGGACUACAUGACGACCGUGGCGCAGGUGGCGGGGCCAGAGGGCAGGGGCCGUGUGUGUACUCUAUAUUGGUCUCAGUUCAUCAGGUCAGCGCUCUCUGCCUCCAACGUCUCCGCAUCCAUCUCCCUCCCGUCACCGCUGUCGCGACCCGGCACCGCGUCGCCCACUCUCCAAGGCUCCCGACCCUCCACAGCCGCCUCCUCCGCAUCCGCCUCCUCCGCCGUGACGAGGUAUACCGACGCGCCGAGCGUCGUGGCGGGCUUAGCGGACAAGCUGAAUGUGGCUAGUAUCGACACUGUACGGGAGACGUUACGUACGGCACUGUUGGAGGAGCGAACAGCGCUGCUUGAAGACGUGGAAUAUUUACAGGGACUUCUCGACGUGGAGGCAGAUCUGCAGGUUCGCGCCACCGUUCCGCCUCCAAGUCUGGCGGAACUAAAGGACUACUCCAGCCGUCUAGCGGCAGUAGUGACCAACGAGGAGGCCAGGCUGGAGCACGAGGUGAGGGUCAAAGCCAUGUUUGCGGCGGCGGAGCAGCAGCAGAGCAAGCCGGGCCGGUUGAGGGGUAUGGUGGACGCAUCUCGGCGGCCGACAUCGGGCGGUGCCGGUGCGCCGUCGGCGCCAGCACGGCGGAGCAGCGUCAGCGGAGGCGCGCAGACGCUUGUCGUGCAUCAUGGCGGGGAUGAGCAGGUUGUACGGCAGCAGUCGCAGCGGCUGACGUCAGGGUCAUCGGUGACGCGAGUACCGGGGGCGGUUGCGGCGGCGGCGGCCGCCGAUGGCGGCAGUGGCGGCAGUGGCCCACCGUCACGUGCUGCGCAGCUGCUGGCGGCGCCAUUGCGGCGGCCGGGGAGCGGCGGCAGCAGCGGCGGCGCCGCGGCCUCCGUCUUCGCGCCGCCACCAGUUCUCCUGCAGACGCGGAUUUCCACUCCACCGUCUGCGGACGGCACCACCGCUGCCAUUAACCGCAUUCAAGCCGUUGCCUCGUCAGCGGCGGCAUUGACGGCGGCGGCGCCUCCUUCCCCGCCGGAUAGGAACAAUUUAAGGCCCGUAGCUGCCUCGUCAGCCGCAGCUGCCGCCGCCGUCGUCACUGGGGUGCCGCCUCCAUCGUCAACAUCAUCGCCGCUGCUCCAAGCCCGCAACCACACUUCCCAGCAGCACCCUUCCCAGCAGCACUCCCAGACCGCAAACCAGCCCCAGCUCCUGCCCCAGCUCCUGCCCCAGACCUCCUACCGGGAGAAGUCGCCUUCCCGCCGGAUGCCACCGAGCCCUGCACGCCAUGCUGCAUUUACCACAGCGCCGUUGGGGCCAUCCACAUCACCUGCUGUGUUGGAUUCCACAGGAGCCGUGUUAUCAGUAGCGGAAUCGGGCGGAGCAGUAAAGAGUCGUACAGUGGUGCUGCCGCGGUACACCCCCGGGCACUUUUAG